AUGGUGCUGUCGCUGCUGCUGUGGGCUCUGCUGCCCGGGUCCCUAGCUGGAGAUUACGCACUGAAGAUGCAGGAAUCGGUGACGGUGCAGCAGGGCCUCUGUGUCUUCAUACCCUGCACCUUCUCCCACCUCCAGACCAACCAGGAGACGUCUGAGCCAGCUCAUGGCUACUGGUUUCAGAAAAGCCGUGGUCCCAUCAAUCCCAAAAAGGAUAACCCAGUGGUCACAAACGACCUAGAGAAGACAGUUAGAAAUGAGAAGAAGGGGAGAUUCCACCUCCUCGGGGACCCCGGGGCCAGCGACUGCUCCCUGGGUAUCAUAGGGGCCCGGCAGGAGGACAGUGGGAAGUAUGUUUUCCGGGUGGAGAAAGGAAGUUUUAAGUAUAGCUUCAAAGACCAGGAGCUGACGGUGAGCGUGGCAGCGCUGACACUUGUCCCUGACAUCUUCUUCGCGGGGUCCCUGGAGUCCGGCCACCGUGGCAAUGUGACCUGUUCUGUGCCCUGGGCCUGUGACUGGGGACCACCCCCAAACUUCUCCUGGAUGGGCACUGCCCUCUGGUCCCAGGGGUCCCGCUCGGAGACCCGUAACUCCUCAGCAGUCACACUGACCCCAGGCCCGCAGGACCACGGCACCAACCUCACCUGUCGUGUGAGCUUCCCCAGAAGUGAGGUGACUACGGAGAGAACCGUCACACUCAGUGUCUCCUAUGCACCCCAGAACCUGAGUAUCAGCUUUCUCCGGGGAGACUGUGGAGAAAAUCUGGGCAACAGCUCCUCUCUUCCAGUCCUGGAAGGGGUAUCUCUGUGCUUUGUCUGUGUGGCCGACAGUAGCCCCCCAGCUAUGCUGAACUGGACCAUGGACAAUUUAUCACUGAGCCCCUCCCAGUCCUCAGACCCCGGGGUCCUGGAGCUGCCUCGGGUCCAGAAGAAGGAUGAAGGGGAGGUCACCUGCCGAGCUCGGAACUCUCUGGGCUCCCAGCACCUGACUCUGCACCUCUCUGUGCUCUACCCCCCUGAGCUGCUUGGCCCCUCCUGCUCCUGGGAGGCCGAGGGUCUGCGCUGUAACUGCUCUGCCCGAGCCCGGCCGGUGCCCUCGCUGCUCUGGCGGGUUGGGGACCGGCUGGUGGAGGGGAACAGCAGCAACACCCCCGUUACUGUCACCUCCAUCUCGGAGGGACCCUGGGUCAACAGCUCCCUGACCCUCCACGAGCAGCUCAGCCUAGACCUCGGACUUCACUGCGAGGCCAGGAAUGACCACGGGGUCUAUAGAGUCACUGUCCUGCAGCUGCCAGGUCAGGGGGGGCUCGAGGGUCCUGGGGCUCUGAGAUGGAUCUCCUUAGCCCCCCACUCCACUGCAGGGAGCCCCAAACGCUGGGGAGGAUCUGUCCUGGCGGGGGCCCUGGGAGCUGGUCUCAUGGCCCUGCUCUGUCUCUGUUCCUGCCUCAUCUUCCUCAUGGUGAAGACCUGCAGGACGAAGACAGCCAGGCCGGCCGCCGGAGGACCCCGUGGCCGCUCUGUCUCCGGUGACACCUCUCAGGAUGCGCAGCCAGAAUCUCAGCCGGACAGUCCCUCGGAUGACCCACCCCUACCUGUGGCCACCUCCCCCUCGGGAGAAGAAGACCAGGAGCUCCAUUACGCCUCCCUCGUUUUCCAGGGGCUGAAGCCCCAGGAACCUCAGGACCAGGAGACCACCAGCACCAGCGAGUACUCGGAGAUCAAGAUCCACAAGUGA